AAUAGUGAUCUGGAUAUCAGACUUCAUAUUCAAAAGUUAACAUAUGAAGAGAAUUGAUAUCAGAAUGUUUGUUUUAUCACUUCACACUCAUCUUCCUUAGUAUUUUAUAUUGUUACAACUGGAAUCUGUCUUUCCUAUCUUACCUUAGAAUCCAAGAAUGUUAAAAUAGUGCUUGUUACAUAAAGGAGAAAUGGGGUAUAAACACAUAUCACUUUAUAAAAUACCAUAAAAGUAGUUGAAUGAAGGGAAUGACAGGUUUGUGAAUCAGUACGAGGAGUAUACAAAGAAUGGAAUAUUGAUUGGACUUCAUUCUUUAACUAUUAAAGUUUGUCUGUUUAUAUCAAAAGUUUUAAUGUAAUGAACAGUAUUAUAUAAAAACAGUGUUAUACCCCUUCGGGCCGGAAAGACUAUUUUUCCAGUAUAGGCAAUUCAUUUCGAAGCGAGGGUAUUGAUAUUCAUAUAUUUCAUCCUCUAUCUUCCUUCUACAUUAUACUUUUUGUCCCUCUUCCAUAAAUGUUCAAACUCCACCUACAAAUGUUGAAUUUCUGCAACUUAAAUCUCCAGUCUCGGUGAAUGAAUCAUUGAUAGAUCCAGAUAUGAUGGUAAGAUUGUUUAUUUUCCUUCCCUAUACUGGUGGCUCGGUCAAUGGUUUGAAUAGACUAAAAGAUAUCCUUGGUCCAAUAAAUUUAAAGAUAUUCUUGCUUAGUCCACAAUCCACGAAAUGUAUCCUCAUCAUUCUCCUCAUCUUCUAACAAGUCAGUAGUGCACUCAUUUAUCAACACCAGAAGAGCCUGGUAUCGAGUUUCCUAAAACUAAUAACCUUCCGAAAAAUUUAAUUGUACCACGGAACGAAUUGGUCAAUUCCAACUCCAAAGAUUUUCCAAAUCCAACCUCAACUCCUUUAACCGCCAAAAACCUCGAGAUCUUGAGCAAUUCGACUGAUUCCAGUACUUUGAAGCACAGAAGCAAAUCUCCAAAAGCGUCUACUGAUCAUUCUGGUUCAGUUGAAGAGAUCGUAAAGCAAGUAGAAGAGUAAGUCAAGAUCACCUUCAUCCCCUUUUUCCAAUUCUUUCACACUCGUCCUUUUACAGGCUAUGGAAUUCGCUCUUACCAACGAAGGCUAACCUAUUUCCUCAGCCAAGAUGGGCAGGAGCUUUCAUCCAUAGAUAAUACCACGACAGCAGCAAAAAUAGCCAGCAUAUUCCACCUAGCUAAAACUCCUGGUACCUUCCAGCUUAUAAACCUUCGAAAUAUUGAUAAUAUAGAGCUAGUAGGAGAUCUAGUGGGACGACUUAUUCAUUUCGAUCCCAGCGAUCGCAUUCUUCAGAAAUAUCAGAAUUUUGGACCACCUCCGGUAGCAGGAAAGAACGGUCUCCUUUCGUUGCUCACUUCGCAGGACAAAAUGGCUGAAGUUAUGAUCACAUCGGGAAGCCAUAAAUGUUUUUAUUGGGUAUGCCAUCAACGUUUCUCUAAGUGCUCAAUCUUCAGCUAAUAGUUGACAAGGGUUGGAAUCCAGCGAUAUUCUCUCGGGCAAUUAGAUUGGGCGUACGUGCCCCUCCUCCAGUUCCAUACCAGAUCAGCGCACAGUCAGGAAACUGGUAUAAGCCAUCGAAUAGUGAAACCAGGGAUAGAGUGGCUUGGGAAAUCUUGAAUGGUGAGUCUGAACCCUCUUUAAUUGCAUAUGUAUUGACAACAAUCAGAAACUAUUUUUACCAAGAGCGGAAUCAAACCAAAUUCAUACGAGCUCCGGGCUCUAGCAGAUGACUUUUACUCCGGUAGGGAGGUUAAAGAUGCGGCAUAUUACGCCCAUCUUACGGAGCGAGAUACACUGGCGGAUGGAAAAGGCUCCGCAUCAAGUUCCUUCCACAUCACAUCCAUUGAUAUGGAUACAUAUGGACACAAUCUGAACCGCAACUUGUAUGGAGGACGCAAGAAUUCAGAUAAGCUUGAUGAUCUCAAAGCAAAAGAAAUUCUGAAUUUGUUCUUAGUGGAAGUCAUAAAAUUCAACGAGAUAGAAGACGCGCUAGUUCGUGUAGAGAAGGACAAGCACCUCGAAAAGUCGAGCUUCACAGUUGCUACAGUUCAUGGUACAGAGGUUCGACGUUCCCGAGAAUAUGAUAACUUCAUCGAUAAACUCAAUACCAUGGAAAAGAACAACGAGGAAGCAGGAAAAGCUGCGGAGAGAAUUGCUUUCCAGGAUUUUGUUCACAAUAUGGACAUCCACGGACUAGAUUCGAUAAUGGGGUCACAAACCUGGUCAAUUACACAUAUUCGUACGAUUCCAACCUUAGAUGGGCCUGUCAAGGAAUCUACCCACAUUGAAAACAUCACCUCUAAUGAAGGACUUCGUGAGCCUACCGAUGAGACUGUCGUCCCUGGAACAAUUACCUCUGAUAAUGGACCUCGUUCAAUUUCAUCGCCAUCGAUUCCAGAAGAUUUGGUAACAAGCAAUGAGACAGCUCCGAAGAAGAAAAAGAAGAAGAAGAAGACGAAGGGAAAAGGCAACGCAAAAAAGGUUGCUAGGCAAGAAGAAGACCUCGAGUCUACAGCGUCAGAAACUACGCAACCAACUGCUAAGAUUACGGAAAAGUCCUCUCAUUCCAUUGCACAUGAUCACUUAAAUUACCAUUUCGACGACUCUACAAAUCCAGUGGUUGACGAUAACAUCAGCUGGGAAGUCGUGAAACCCAGGCCUAUUAAGAAAAGACCACGAGCUGCCCAUCAGUCUCGGCCAGUUGAUUAUCCUAAGCCAUAUAAGCACGAUAAUCCUGUUGCUGUCAAAGCUCGACCGAACCAGAACAUUGAAAAAAGAAAGGAAGGAAUGUCCACCAAAGCAUCAGGUCAAAUUGCUACCACUAUCACAGAACCUGGCCAAAAGUUAGAGAUCAAGAGCUUCGAACAUUUCCCAGCAAUCUCUCCUCCUCUGAAAAACAAUGCACAACAAAAGUUUGCUACGACUAGGGUAGAACAAACAACAAUGAUGGAACAACGGGCUAUGCCAAAAACGGGCCCCGAGGUUUGGGCAAAGCUAGAGCCUACAGUCGUAGCUGAACAACUCGCUGUAUCGAAGACGGACCUUCCGGCUGAUAUCGGAGCUAACGUUGACCCUAAUCUAACAAAUCCAGCGGCUCAGAAUGCAGCAGUGGUAUUGCUCCCCAUACCUUCGACAGAACACGCUUUCAUAUCUAUGGAAGUGGAUGCUGAGGACACCUCUGACGCUACCAAUUCUCGCGAAAAUAUUGAUCUCAGUUGGACUUUAGCCGAUGAAAUCACAGUGAAAAAGGUUAUCAAUGAAAGUGCCAAGGAUACUGAUUUACUUAGCACAGUCAGUACCAAAUACAAAGCCAAAGAUAUUGCAACAAGACUUCUUGAAAAUUCUCCACCCCAGCGUGGAAUGACUUUGAAGUAUGACGCACCAAUCUAUUUAGGGGAUUUCCUUGAUGCUCCAAGUCGGCGAAGACAAUACCGAAGCUCUUCUGCUGCCCCAAAAAUGUUGGCUGUUUUCACUACAAUUAGUGAUGAUGAACUAAAUGGCGAUGAUGAACUAAAGCCACCAAAAUCCGGUUCUGUUCCGUUCAUUGAGAGGCGCACGUCUGUUACUGAGAUAUCUCUUGAUAAGAUACCUGUUGAUAAGAUGUUUGUUGCUAGUAUGAAGUCUGAGGCAUUACUGGUUGGCAAUGCUAUUGCAGCCCGUCACUUAUCUCCUGCUGAAAGUACGUCUAUGGAUUCUGCCGUUGACAACACCAUUCAACUUGACGCCUUGUCUGCCAUUGACAGUAUAUCUAAAGAUAACACUGUUUUCAAAAUUCCUAUAGUCCGUACCAAACAGGUUUCUGACGUUGCAUCACUGGAUACCAUUGUUAGCAAUGUCCUUCAAGUUUCAGAUUCAUGCUCUUUAGAGGUUGGUACUGUUAACGAAGCAUCUCAGCCACCUAAGGAAGCUACCUUAACUUCUAUCAGUAAACCCAGUUCAAUUAUUAGUUCAACUAUGACUAUUCAUGGUCCUCAGCCUCGUGGCUUCCAUCCUUCUUUCAUGGGUUUGAAUUCUCCGAAUCUGAACUUCGCGGUAUCUACUUCGGUAGGAAAUCAGACAUACACUCAGAAGACAAGUGUGGAUAGUUUUGAUCUCGCGGAAAACAUUCUUUUAGAGUUCUCUAAUGGUUGGAGUCGUCAAAAACUAUCAACCAGUAGCAUUCUCCAUGUAGGUCCUUAUAGACAUUUGGAACCAAGUUUAGCUCAGAUCCCAUUCGAUUGCACUUACUGUACUAGGAAUUAUUAUGCAACUACAGACAGUCCAAUGGUCCUUUGUAAUGGCUGUGGUCCCAAUAGUGGUGUCACGUAUUGCUCGGUUGCGUGUCUCCUAGCGGGGAGUCUUGCCCAUGCUGAAGUCUGCCAGGAGUGUGUGGAUAACUCCGAGACACCUACCGUUAAUUAUCCUACUGCAUAUCAAAUAUACUACGACGGCACUCUCAAUAUUCUUCCUUCAAUGGCGGCUACAUUUAAGAGAUCACCUUACGCCUAUCGCCAAAAGGUUUUCGCGAUGUACUGUCGCAACGGACCAUUUCCACAACUUCUUACAGCAUGGGCUCGGCGAAACAACCUUCUACAUACUCUUGAAGGACAAGAUGCAUCUGAAGCUACUAAGAAGGCCGGUAGUUAUUUUAUCUUCAAGUCUGCCUUAACUAGUAAUGGAAGUAAUGCAAGUCGCACCAACCCGGACAGCACAGUUAUAUGCACCAUCAAAUUCCGUCCUAGCGACCAUAUGAUGCAAGCUGUCGAUCGAUGCCUCCAGGCUUGUUUCACAACAAAUCACGAGUACGUACGUGAUAUUAAGGAAUUUCUAUUUAGACUUAUCAAAGAUUUACUUUCCGAUGACGAUUCAUUUGAUUGUUUUCCCCAUACAGAAGAUCGCACAACAGUAUUUUAUGAAUUCCAGCAUCAAUUCAGCCUUGAAUUUGAAUUUCAUGCUGAUAUGCAGAGAAAUCGUAUGGAAAAGUUUGAUUUUCAAUUGGAGUGGCCCGAAAUUGAGCAUCUUUUGUGUCAAUUUGAGACUGGAGAAUUCAUCUAGAGAUCAAAUGCUACGACGUUGGAUAUCUCAAACAGCAGCAUGUUGGCUAUUGGAGAUUCUAUUCAAUGAAAUCAAAAGCCAUACUACUAAAUUUCCUCAUUCAACCUGCUAUGUGUACUUCACCGUCACAGCAUUAAGAUUUCAGGCACAAUCAAACACAUUUUGCUCGGUCCGGGUUGGGGGAGAAUUUUAAUACAUCGGAGAAAAGGUUGGCGUUUUUACGUUCACACAGCACAUACAUUCAAAAUUGUCAGUUGCACGGGUUUUCGCCUCAAUAAAUAAUCAUGAUUGAUACCUAGAUGUAAGCAAACAUGAUGAAUCCUGAGGUUUUAUUUUCACAUUC